AUGUUCAAGAAAGAGUCAGUACGUGCCCAAUGAUACUGGUACGUCAUGUGCAUACUCACAUCUCCUCAGGUUCACGCCUGGCGCAAAGUCGAAGGUGAAAUCCUCGGCCCAGCGAGCCAUCCGAUCAAAAGUCCUGGAGACCUACCCGCUCCUUGAACCCUACAUCGAAGAGAUAUUGCCCAAGAAGGAACAACUUGAUCUUGUCAAGAUCCCCGACCGGGUCUCGCUCUACUGCAAUGGCGGCACCCCACUCUUCUGGCAACACAUGGACGAUCCCAUCAUCCCUCACCUCAAGGUCGUCCACCAAUAUCCGUGGUGCUUCAACCGCGUACGGAUAGAUCGCGGAGCGAUCAGGUUCGUUCUCAGUGGUGCGGCUCUCAUGGUGCCUGGCCUCACGUCACCGGGAGGAAGAUUACCCGGAGGCAAUGAAAUGGAAGAGUGGGCCAACGGCGGCAAGGAGCUGGAGGCGGGAGAUAUUGCGGUUGUGGAUGCCGAGGGCAAGGAGAAUGCGUGCAUGGUGGGCGCGUUGAAAAUGGGCACCAAGGAAAUGAAAGAGAAGAAGAAAGGCCCCGGAAUUGAGAAUGGACAUUACCUUGGUGACGGACUCUGGAAGCUGGAUUUGAGUUGA